AUGCACUUCGUCCCCGGGUUGGCGCGACCGGUCUUCUCGCCCUGGGACCGCGGCUGGUUUCAUCCGAAGUUCCACCGCUCUCCCCCGAUUCAGGAGCAGCCGUUGUACAAGGACCAAGCCUGCUACAUUUUCCACCAGCGUUGCCGCCUCCUCGAGGGUAUGAAGCAGGCCCUCUGGCUUACCAAAACCAAGCUAAUAGAAGGCCUCCCGGAGAAAGUGCUUAGCCUUGUUGAUGAUCCAGACAAUCACAUAGAGAACCAGGAUGAGCGCGUUUUGAACGCGAUUUCUCAUGCCAGGCUCUGGCACUCCACUGAAGACAUCCCCAAGAGAGAGACCUACUGCCCAAUCAUUGUGGAGAGUCUGAUGCAGCUGUGUAGGUCUCAGAUUCUCAAGCAUCCUGCUUUGACCCAGCGGAUCUGUGCCAAAAACUACUCGUUUUCUACGAGCUGGAAUCGAGAGUCUAUUCUCCUUCAGGUCCGUGGGUCUAGUGGAACGCGAGUGAGUACCAAGGAUCCUCUGCCUGCUGUUGCUGCUAGAGAAAAAGUAGAAGCUACUAAGAAUCAUGUUCUUGAGACCUUCUAUCCCAUAUCUCCCACUAUUGAUCUUCAAGAAUGCAAUGUUUAUCACAUGAAAAAUAACACAGGAUUCCGGGAAGAUCAUCCUUAUCCAUAUCCCCAUACUCUGUACUUCCUGGAGACAGCUAAUUUACGACCACACCGCUUUCGUCCAGAGCAGCUGCGGGCCAAGAUGGUCCUUUUUGCUUUUGGCAGUGCCCUGGCUCAGGCCCAGUGCCUCUAUGGGGAUGAUCCCAAGGUUUUGGAGCAGCCAGUGACUGUGCAGAGUGUGGGCACUGAUGGCCGCCUUUUUCAGUUCCUGGUGUUCCAGCUGAACACCACCGACCUGGCCUCGGAUGCAGGUGUCAAGAAUCUGGUCUGGGUGGACUCAGACCAGCUCCUCUAUGAGCAUUUUUGGUGUCGCCCAGUGAUCAAGAAGAAAGUGAUGGUGGAACCUGUAGGGCCAGUUGGUUACCAGCCAGAAACAUUCAAGAAGUUCCUCGCUCUGUAUUUGCAUGGUGCUGUGUGA